AUGGCGAGCGGAACAUAUAUUCGAUCGAUAAUAGUAGUGAAUAUACUUACGCUUAAUCUGGGCAUUCAUCUUGGAUGGACGCCCUGGUUGAUAGAAAAUUUGGAGAAUGCAAAUUCGUCACUGAAUGUAACGAUCGACCAAAUAACCUGGAUCGCCUCAAUCCCACAAAUUGGGGAUUUAAUUGGUGGAUUCAUAGUAUUUCUUGUGGGAAACCACAUAGGCAGGAGAUCCAUGCUAUUCUGCUCUCUAAUACUGCUUCUCUUUAGUUGGAUGAUGCUUCUUCUGUAUGACACAGUUUUGGCAAUUUAUACAAUACGAGCAGUCAUGGGUAUUAGUGCAGGAAUGUAUUUCCCAUUAAUAUUGAUAUAUUUUUCCGAGAUAGCGCUAGUGAAUCAUCGUGGUAUGGUUACUUCCAGUCAGGCUUUUUCAAUGAAACUUGGAGUUUUAUUAAUGUACAUACACAGUGCUUUCGUGCCGUCAAAAAACACAUUUAUUUUUCCAACCACGCUAGUUGUUCUUUCGGGACUACUUUUGCUGACUGUGCCAGAAACGCCAUAUUAUUUGGUGCUCCAUAAAAAUUACAAAGAAGCAAAGAAAUCUUUGACGCGACUUCGGCAAACUUUUGAAGAGAAGGAAAUACAAAUGAUCGUAAACGAUACGGAGAACUGCGUGGCGAAAUGCAAAUGGAAGGACUUAUUUCUCGUGUCAAACAAUCGAAAAGUGCUUCUCGUUGUUACUUCCAUCGUCGUCACGUCUCAAUUUUCUGGCAAUGCUAUAAUCUUGGCUUAUAUUAACGACAUCUUCAUUGCGUUAGGAAAAAAAUCAAGCAUGAAACUCUUAACUAGCUGUACAGGAACAAUCGGAUGUGUGAGUACUGUGUGCACCAUGCUGUUAGUAGAUCGUAUGGGUCGCAAAACUAUCUUCCUUGUAUCGGUUAUUGGAGGUGGGAUAUCUAGCUUCAUCAUAGGGACAUGUAGUUUUCUUUUGGAGAAAAAUUAUCACGUGGACGUUGUAAGUAGUAUCGCAGUAAUCGGUAUUUUUCUCUUCGCAUUCAUGACAUCUUUGGGUCAACCGUCCAUCAUGUAUGUUCUUACUUCCGAACUUUUCGCCCCGAAUGUGAAAAUGUUUGGUGCUGCGUAUCAAUCAUGCUUGAGUACUAUUUGUCUGUUCAUAGUCAGUAAAAUGUUUGGCAUUGUAAUGAAGGAGAUCGGUAUGUACGUGAUGUUCUUUGUAUUUGUGGGUUUUACCAUCAUAAAUGUUUUGAUUAUCGCGUUUCUACUACCUGAAACGAAGCGAAAGACUUUCAGGGAGAUUCAAGACAUUUUAGGGAAUAAAAAGUCUGCCUCUGUGUAUGUAAUUCAAUUUCGUAAUAAUACUUCGUUAAGUACAGAAUAAUGUCUUAUUCGGCGCU